CGGUCCCCGAGUUGAUUCUCUAGUCUCCAGAUGUCUCUGGAGUGGCUGUAAACACAAACAUACGUCGCAUGGCUCUCGCAGCGUACCGGCUUUUAAAUAACAACAAUCAAGUCGUGAGCUGUGCUAAAUGAUAAUAUAAAUAGUGGCGGUAUUCGUGCUGUUGUAUUAGACGUACGAUGCGACAGUGACGCGUUUUCACUCAGCUCGACAAAAAGUGUACAAUGAAGGUUAACCUAACCUAACCUAAAAAUUAUGUGACUUCGACGUUGCGUUUAACGACAUGUCAAUUUCUCACACGAUUAUUGAAACUUAAUUAUUUCUAUGUUCUCAAAUACGUUCGAAACGAUCAUGAGUCUUCCGUUCCGUCUUAGUUAUCCGAGCAUGAGUUACAAGAUGUUUACGCGCUCCACGUUAAUUUUAUUCUUGACGAGCACCGCAUUGCUCUUUCUAUACUUGAAUCGUAUUCAGCCGCAUUAUUUCAUCGACGAGGCUUUCCACAUACCUCAAGUGCUGCGAUACUGCGCGUGGAAUUUUACCGAGUGGGAUCCCAAAAUCACCACCUUGCCGGGAUUAUACCUUAUUACCACUGCAAUACUGUCGCCCUUUGGUCUUUGCAGUAUCACCUGCGUACGAUGUGUUAAUUUAAUUGGGACAUACAUAAACCUCUACCUUACUUACAACAUCAUAAAGGAGAAUUGCGAAUCCAAUGAGGCAGAUCGGUGGAGUAACUGGUUGAUGCUCGCAUCGGCUUACAAUAUUACGUUAUUCCCACCGUUGUAUUUCUGGAGCUUCUUUUAUUACACAGACGUCGCUUCUGUGAACACGGUGCUUUUAAUGUUGCUCCUGCACCGACGCAAACGCAGGAAGUUAAGCGCGUUCGCAGGUUUGACAGCCGUACUCGUUCGCCAAACGAACAUCAUAUGGCUGGGCUUCCUCGCUGUGGAACACGCAUUGGAUAUAUUCGAGAGCAGGAUGGAGCAGCCAGUGCCGCCUCGAUCGCUCGCCACUCCCUUGCAUUUUCGUCUGAUCUGGAAACAGAUAGUAUACGAGUUCCGCAAAGGCCCGCCGUCGUCCUUCGUCGGGUUUCUCCUGCAGGUAUGCGGCAGUCUGCUUCCUUACAUGACGGUGUGUCUGGUGUUCGUCGUUUUCGUCGCGUGGAACGAGGGCAUAGUGAUCGGUGACCGUUCCGCUCACGUAGCGACCGUUCAUGUCUGCCAGAUAUUUUAUUUUUCCGCUUUCGUCUCGCUGUUCUCGUGGCCGUACGCGGUGCGUCAUCGGCGAGAGGUCCUGCGAUUCCUACGCCGGCAUUGGGCCUUCGCGAGCUGCGCGGCCGCGUUCGUGGCUGCAGCGAUCCGCUUCAACACGCUCGUUCAUCCGUACGUUUUGGCCGACAAUCGGCAUUACUGGUUCUACGUGUGGAACCGAUUCUUAGGCCGUUACACGGCGUGCCGGUACCUGUUGGCGCCGGUUUACUGCGCGAGUCUGUUCGCCAUGUCGCGAAACAUCGGACACCGGAGGUUUCUCACGCAGAUCAACUACGCGAUCUGCGUGUGCGCGGUGCUGAUACCGCAGCUGCUGGUGGAACCGCGUUACUUCAUCCUGCCGUACAUCUUCUAUCGCUUGAACGUCGGGAAACCGCGCGAGUGGCAGGUCUACCUGGAAUCGCUCACGACGUUGGCGGUCAAUCUCGCGCAAUUCCUCAUUUUCGCCAACAAAGUAUUCUACUGGGAGGAUCAGCCCUAUGCCCAGCGCAUUUCCUGGUGAUUCCCGACGCGGUGAAACGUGAGAAAAGGAAUAAAAGAAGAUUUAGUUUCAAUCACGAGGUAACGUUCUUAGUUUCUUCUCUUUCCCAAAUCUGUCUCCCCGGGAGAACAUUUUUCAUAUGUUAUUAUUGUAUAUAAUUGUAUAUAAGGCGUUAUGUAUAGAAUAUGUCCACGUAUAAAAAUAUACAAUUAUAUAUGAAGUGGUAACGCAGUUAUAUAUGAUUAUAUAUAAAUUAUAUACGUAUAUAUAUAUAUUUAUAUGUAGUUGAAGUUUGGAUCAAUUUUCGAGAGAAAAUUAAAAAUUUAUUCAAGUUAAA